AUGGCAUCCCUUGUUAUCUUCGAUUUUGAUGGAACCCUUUUCGAUACCCAUGAGUCAAUUUCUCAGACUAUCAAACUUACUUUCGAUGCCCUACUUCCGAGUCAUACUCCUCCCCAGGAUGAGGUCCUACGCAUGAUUGCCAGUGGGGCCGGGCUGACAGAGACCUUUAUUACUCUACACCCUUAUCCAGCUCAGUUUACGCCAGCUGUUGAGAAUGAGUGGGUAGAGAAAUACCGUGCCCUCUACAAUACUCACGGCCAAGCGCUUGUCAAGGCAUUCCCCGGCGCAAAGGACCUCCUGACAGAGCUCACUGCUCUGGGAAUCCCCACCGCCAUUGUAAGCAACAAAGGCGUUGCCGCUGUCAAAACCGCCUUGGAACGAAACGGCCUAGAAGGACUGGUACCAGAGGAUUUGAUUGUCGGCGACAAAACCCCUGGUGCUAAGCGCAAGCCAGACCCUUCGAGUUUCACGGAUGUUUUGGCCCCCGCUCUCCAGCGGAAAUACGGUGUGCGGAUUGCGGGGCAAAAGGUACUUGUAGUUGGUGAUACUAUGGCAGAUAUUGAAUUUGCAAGGAACAUUGGCAGUCAAGUCUGCUGGUGUCGGUAUGGAUAUGGGGAUCGUGAGGCUUGUCAGACUUUGGGGCCGGAUUUCGUGAUAGAUUCAUUGGGCGAUGUGGUAGAGAUUGUCAAGGACCACAUACGAUGA